GCUUGAAACACAAUCAUAGCUUCGGUGCUUCAUACUAAACAGCUUCGAUAGCACACUUGUGUAACAUCAGUCCACGGAAGAGAAUUUCAGCUUGCAAUAUGGAAUCUGUAUUCAGUACCUUAUUGCGAGGGAGAAUGUGCUACUGGACUUUCGUGUCCUUCGUCUGUGUGGCGGCAUUUCAAAGCAACAUCGCAGCGUGCCAGCAAUCCUGCCAGCCAGAGUGCACCGCAGUAAGCUCCUUUGUUCCCGACCCUCUGAACUGCACUCGUUUUUACUACUGCCUGGCUGACGGCCCAGCAGACGCCCCGCUGACGUGCCCAAACGGGGAAUUCAACCCCGUGACGGCUUCCUGCGAACCAGGAGAUCCUGCGAAUCCUUGUACUGCGCUCUGCCCGGUCCCCCAGUGCAGCUUCAAGUGCAACCUCACCGGUUCGGGCAUUGGUUUCGUCCGGGACCCGUACGACUGCGGUAUGUUUCACUUGUGCACGCAAGGCGGUACCUUCGGGCCGUUUAAGUGCCAGGCCGAGGCUCCUUAUUUCAACGGCGAAAUCUGUGUGGAGAAGGAGGACGUCUGCUGUACCCAAGGCUGCAGGCCGUUCUGCGAGCCCCACGCUGACCUUGCUCCAGAUCCUCUCGACUGCACAAAGUAUUACAACUGCUCGGCCGACUCGGGGGCGCCGCUGUCGUGUUUGGAGGGGAGCACUUUCGACCCUGCGAUCGGCCAGUGCGUGGAGGGCAGGCCUUGUCGGGACUGCGGUGGUGGUCCGGGCGCCACCGCUGCUUCAACAGUAGCCCCGGCCAAAACCACUACAACCGCUACCACGAAGGCACCCCCAACAACCACAGCUCCAGCAACAACCACAACGACCACAGCUCCAGCAACAACCACAACGACCACAGCUCCAGCAACAACCACAACGACCACAGCUCCAGCAACAACCACAACGACCACAACGGCUCCACCCCCAUGCAAUGUCCCUGAAGUCUGUACCGAAAUAGGGAAUUUCCCGAUAUGCAAUUUCUGCCAUGAGCGGUACUACUACUGUCCCAGAGUCGGUGCCAAGCCAUCCGUAAUGAAAUGCAUUAAUGAUCUGGUCUUUAACACCGUGCCGUCCUAUCGCUACUGUAUAUUAAAGGAAAAGUGUCCCUUUACGCCAUCAGAAUAAACAGCCAUAUGUUUUUUUUUUUUUUUUUUUUUUUUUUGUCUUUAUAUAGUCUUACCGUUGUUGAUAGUUUUUCACUUCAUUCCUCCGUUAAGUUCAAGCAUACCAUGUUAAAUCUAUGUAAGGAAAAGCUAAUAAUUGAUUUUGACUCAUACAAAUGUGUGUGUCUGUGUGUUAGGAUCCAAAUGGUUUACUUGUAGUAUGGUUGUGAUUGCUGUAGGAUUGUGCGUGCAGUAGCAAUAAGUACAGGUUUGUUUCGAAGAUUUGAGAUCAAAGUUCGACUCGAUUCGGACCCGGCGGUUCGUGAGCUCGCGAUUAAUCAUGAUCGAUUCAUACAACAGAGCUUUAGGAGCCCUUUUCUCUUGUUUAUAUUAGGAUAAGAUUUAUGUUUUGUUUAUAACUUUUUUUCAUGUUGCUCCAAGGGCUGGCUGUGGGAAGGCCUUCGACUUGGCGCUUUAAAAUGCUGAAGGACGACUCGUCUUGUGAUUAUAAGUAUUUAUUGAUCGCUUGUGUUUUUGUAAAUAAACAUUCAUUGGCUAA